AUGAAUGGGACCUACAGGUCUGGCUAUGAGGGUGAAGCCAGGAGCAACCGGCCAGCAUCCCCUCCCUCCGACCCGCAGUCAGUGUGGGCAGCAGGCCCGGACUGGUGCCCGCUGGAAGUGGCCUUAGAAAGACCGCGUCCGACUCGGCCUCCGUCUCCCGCUCAAAGAGCCAUCUUGUCGCCGCUUCACUCAGGAGCCAGCGAGCUCUUCCCAGGACCCGCUUCGCGUCUUCCCUUCACCCCGACUACCACUGGGUGGAGGCGGCGGCCUCUCUGGAGCUGCCAGGGAGCAGCGGCCUGUGGGCCUGAGGCGGGGCCGUCUGUGUCCUCUGGGCACUGUCUGUUCCGGCCCAGGAGCCUCCUCCUCGACUCCGCCCCGGCCGCCCUGGGCCUCCCUCUUUCACUUUCUUGGUGUCUUUCAGAGUCAGUGUGUUGCUCUGUCACCCAGGCUGGAGUGCAGUGGUAUGCUAGUAGCUCACUACAGCCUUACACUCCUGGUGUCAAUGGAUUCUCCCACCUCAGCCUCCCAAACUGCCAGUGUGACUAUCCUAAAGAGAAGCCCAUGUGGCAAGGAACUGAAGGAUGUUUCCAGCCAACAGCAAGUGAGAAACCAAGUCCCUCAAUCCAACAGCUUGCAAGGAAUGAAUCCUGUGAACAACCAGGCCAGAGACUUUAGAAACAGAACCUGAGUUGUCCACAGCCUCACCCAACACCUUGGCUGCAGCUUCCUGAGGAGCCCUGAACCAGAGUGAGUCAUGGUUGGGUUUUUGACCCACAGAAACUGGGAGAUGAUAAAUAUUUUAAUCUACUCAAUUUUGGAGUACAUGGUUAUGUAGCAACAGAUAAUUAAAUACCAGCUAAUUGUCCACUGAUUGCAUAUUCUACAAUGUAGAUAUCUCUUUAUUUCACACGUGUUUUUUUUCCAAACAAUACAGCUUUUUAAAAUUUCUUGUCAAAAAAGAAAGUCCAGUUUAGGUCUGAUAGUAUUUUUGACAUGGGGAAAAUAGUACAGAUGCAAAAGCAUCUCUUUGUGCUUCACUGCUUGAGGUGUUCAGUAUAUAAUUAUUAGCCUUGAAAAGACAGGUCUGGUUUAUCUCUAUAAUUCUGAGAAGGUUUAGUUCUGGUUGCCCAAGUUUAGGCUAGUUAAAGGCUGUGUGGUUUAGUCACAAACGUGGCAGGACAGGCCCUCUACCCUCUGACUUUAAAAAUAGAACCGAAAACAACUAUCCCUGGAACAAGUAAUUGAAAUAUCUCCAAGCUAAAACUGAUUGAUAGAGGAAAAUUUGUGAAGAUUCCUUCUAAAUGUGGUACAAGGCGAUUCUAUGGAUGCUCUAGAUUCUAGAAAAAGAGGCAUAAAAGAAAGGCAGGAGAGUUGAGUAAAGAAAAUCAGCCUUGAAGAAAACUGGCUCCUCUUAAAAAUUUUCUCAGGUUUGGGCUGCUGGGUCUGGCAGGGCCAUUGUUUAGGGGUCACCUUAGCUGUGUGUAUGGACCAAAUGACUUUUCAUUUUGUGCUAGGGUCUUGAACUUUGGAAUCCAUGACCAAAUUCUUGAAUCAGCUUAGCACUGCCAAGUGAGCCUUUCCCUUAAAACACACAAUUGCUACUGACAGCAAAAGUCUAAUUACAAACAAAAGUCUACAUCAUGAGAAUGUUCUGGAAUCUUAAGUGACUUGCUUUUCAUGAUAACAACUGCCUCGUAUAUUGCAAAAUGUCACCUGGACCCCAUGAGGGCUCUACAGAAAAUAUUGUAGAAAACCUAAGCAUCGCAUGCAAUGCUCACAGUGAGGUAUAUCCAACUAUCAAUUUAAUUACAACUUUAUUACUUACCAUUCAAUUUGGUUCCUACAGAGUGUAUGUUCCUUCUGGGAAUACAAAAAAUUAUGUUCUAAUUAAAGUAUAAUUAUCCAUUCAGUGCAGAAGGGCAGGGGUCACAGUCUCUCUGCAUCCUCAUUACAUCUGAGUAUUCCGGAAGAUACCUCACAUUCACACUCAGGCCCCAUCACCUGACAUUACAUGUGGUAUUUCUAGGAAAUACAAGGCUUUAAUCAAACUCUUUUAUUUCAAGUUAAGGAAAGUACAAUUUAAAAAACAAUGCAGAGUGAAUCAAAUAGGGUAAGAUUUAUAGUAACUUCAAUCUCUACAUUUUUCACUACAAUGCAUUCUUUGUAGGUUAACAUACAUUGUUUGGUACAAUCCUGAAAUCAGUGUAAUGCAGUUGACAAGAUCCAGAGUUUAUUACCAACAAACACAGGUAUCGUUUUCACCUUUUUGUCUCCUAGUAUCCAAACUGUUUUUAACAAUGAGCAUGCCUGGGACAUUCUGCAUUCCCUAUGCCCUGCUUCACUCCCAUUUUCUAACCAGUCCUAAGAUUCAUGGACAUAUUUUUAUCUUAUUGAGCAGUGUCUCUAUCGUUUAUUCUUUUUUUUGUUUGUUUCUGCUUCUGUGUUUUCAUUUGGUGUUUGGUAGCUAAUAAACAAAUUGACUGAGAUUCACAGGCACAUUUUGGUGCCAGGAUGUGACAAGAUGAUAUAGCAUAUGUGUUCAGUCAGUGCCUGAGGGAGCACUUAUUUCCUCAUCUGGUCAUAUUUCCACUGGUUAUAUGUGCUACAGCUAAGCUUACUUUGUAAUUAUUUUUAAUUGAAGUGAAAAUUACCUCCAACCGCCUGGACGUGAGAGUGUUAAAAUGUGAGAAAACAGGGUACAACUCUGUGAAAGAGAAAAUGGCUUACAAUGCACAGGGUUCCCGUAGCUCUGUAUUUACUCAGGGAAGUAUGAAAAUACACAUAACUGCUGCCACACCCUCAAGUAUAUUAGUGAAAAUGAGGUAUCUGCAAGUAUUUCUGUUGUUUCACUCAUUUCUCACCUGAUAGCCAUGCCCAGAAAUACUCUACACACCUGUUUCUCUCCUGCGUUCAGGAGUUUUAGAACACAACCGACCACAGCCCCUUAAAUAUCCUCCAGGAGCUGGAUUUGGGGAAAGAACAGGUUGUUGGAUUUUACUCGGUGUCAGUGGGGCAGAGACUCCACCCUCAGAGACUGACUUUAAGGAGCAUGGAAGCAAUGGAGUUAAAAUAGGAAGAGAAGGGCAAAUAAAAAAAAAACAGAAAAAAAAAAUAUGCCCUCAGGAUGUUCCCUCCCCGUCUCUCUGUCAAGCUUCUGAGCUCUUCCCUUGGGCAAGGCAGCAAAGAGGCCAUGCAGGAAACAGAGGGGAGGCACAGAAAGAAGAACAUGUUUCAGGGGUGCCAGUCUAAAAUGUGAGAUGGAUCUCAGAGGGAGAAAGCUGAAUAUUUGUAGCAAAAGCAAUGCUAAAUGAAUUAUAGGCCUAAUUUAAAGAAAGAGGCGAAAUUGUAGAUCUAAACAUCUGCUGAAUUCUAGGCAAACUUAAUUAACUGUAAAUGAACACAGAAAACCUGAAUGAAUUUUUCUUUCAAGAAUAAAAAAUGCAUAACGAGGAAAAAAGAUUUUAUCUAAAGGAACAGAUAUCAAAUUUGUCUUGGAAUUUUAUUGUAUAAAUUUUAGUGUAUAGAAAUAAAAAUGAAAUACUUAACCCAUGUAAGCUCCAUUAGUUACAUCCUACAAUCGUCUAGUUAGUACUCUGCUGGUCGACAAAUAAUGCUAAUAGAAGAAUCAAGAAUAGUGAAGCUGAAGUUAAACUGAUGCCAAGUAGGAAAAAAGUUCAAUAGAUACUGUUUUAUUUAUUGUCUUUUUAAUAGAAAAUUUCUACAAAAUAUUUGUUUAAAAAAGAGCAUCGAAAAAAUCAAUAGUAAUUAGCUUCUCAUUUAUGAGAAUGAACCACAAAUCAUCAGACAUUUAAGGAAAGAAAAGAAUUAUGAUAAUUAAGAUUUAUAGUAACUUGUUUUAUUUAACAAAAUAAAACAAUUUAUAGUAACUUGUUUUAUUUAACAAAAUAAAACAAACAAAACCAAACUUGCUAGAGGAAUAAUCCAGAGAGAAAGGAAAACAAACAAACAUUUAACUAAUUUGAAUUAGUAUCUUCACAGAGAUUUGAGCGGUCUGGCACUAUAAUUACCAUAAGAAAAGGUUGCUAUGGAAAGCUAACAAUAGGAGAAUGAUAACGUAUGUUUGGAAAUUAAAAUAUUGCCAUACUGAAAAUGUUUAUAAAGGGCUGGAUAAUUAAGAGAAACAGCCAGAGAUAGAAUCAAUGAUUGGGAAAAUGUUAAGAAACUCUUCAAAGGUGUAAAUAAAAAAGGAAGAAUGAGACAGUAAAAGUGAAAAGCUUAGGAACGCAGAUACCCGCAUCAGGGAAUCCCAGAGUUCAUCUAAAAGGAUUUCUAGAUGGAGAAAACAAAACAAAACAAAAAUGAAAGAAAAAUCAUAAGAAUAAUAACAAUGUCAAACAUAAUAAAGUAAAACAUUAUCUGAUAUGUAAAAAGUAACUGUUUACCUGUGAACCGUGUAUGAAUUAAAACUU